AGUUUUUAAAUAACAUGUGCAUAUCCAAGUCCGCAAUAACCGUCUCCUGGUUGACGCUAACGUGGGCCCGCUGCGCGGAUGGUAGCAGGAUGGGAAGUGAGCAUGGAAGCAAGCAUGAAGGGCAUAGUGCCCCAAAUGGCACGAUCAGUCGCCGGCAAAAAGCUUCCACCCGUUCCACUGGAAGCUCAACAAGUGGGAGCAAGUGGAAAGCUGCCAACGUCCAUUAUGCUUUUCUACCAAUAUGUGGAGCCUGCUUGGACUCCAAAGCAGCACCGCAGAGCUCUCACCUUCGUGCAUGACCUUGGCCGAAGACAUGGUGUGACUGGAAGAGGGCGCUGCUCCACAGAAGGGUUGAAUUGCACUCUGACAGGGUCUGCGGAAGGCAUUCGGGCGUUUGCCCAAGGGCUCCGAGAUUGGGACUCUUUAUUUGAUGAGACAGACUUCAAAAUCACCGAUGGUUUGGAUCAUCGCAAGAAAUUCAAGAGUCUCACGAUUCAGAAGAAGGAAGAGCUUGUAGCCUACGGCUUGCCUGUCACAGCAGCACCAUCACUGAAGGACAACGAAACAUUGCAUGUGGAGGCUGUUGACUAUCACAAGAUGAUGGCGCAGCCGAACACGGUAAUCAUUGACGUACGAAACCGGUACGAGACGGAGAUAGGGCAUUUCCAGCCACCACAGGGUGGUGCAGAGUUCAUUGACCCCAAGGUUCGAAAUAGCCACGAGCUACCAAAGUGGCUUGGCAUGCCGGAGACGCAGGAGAAGCUAAAGGGCAAAAAAGUGAUGAUGUAUUGCACAGGAGGCAUUCGGUGUGAACGGUUUUCUGCGUUGAUGACCCAGCUCAAGAAUGACAACCCCGACUUCAAGACAGAAGGGGAGUUCAUGCUGCGCGGAGGAAUUGAGCGCUAUGUCCGCACCUUCCCAGAAGGUGGCUUUUGGAAGGGGAAGAAUUUUUUGUUCGACAAGAGACAGGAGCAGGUGCCUGAAAACAAACCAAAAGAAGAAACUGAGAAGGAGGUUGAAAGCAGGUGUUGCAUUUGCAAAAGGUUUUGGGGUUUGUACCGUGGACAUUUCAAAUGCUCUGAGCAGGAUUGCCAAGUCCCAGUGAUUGUUUGUCCUGACUGCGCCGAAGUUGAGACUUCAAAUCCCAAGUGCCCGCUAUGCGAGGAGGGCUUCAAGCUGAGGGGUCUUCAAGCGCCCGCGCUGAAGAAGAAGAAGCGCAAAGCAGAAGUUCAACCUGCCAGCGCAGCUCGCAAGAGAAAGGUAUUGAGAAGGGACCCUUCAGAUAGACUAUUUGUCGGAAACCUCCCACUUGUCACUGAUGCUGCCACUGUCAGAGAAUGCUUCGGGGAUGGAGUCCGCUUCAUACACUGGAUUCCAGACCGAACCACUGGCCUUUGGUACGGAUCAGUUUUCUUGCAAAUGUCUUCUUUGGGUGAAGCCAAGCGAAUUGUCGAUGAUUCCUCCAUUCAGAGCAUCAGAAUUGGCAAGCGAAAGCUUCGCAUUGGCUUUGCACCAUUGGCUGAGAACGAAAGGUGGCCUCCGAGCUUCAAAGAAGCCGACCGCCCUACUCUGCAACAUAAAGUGGAGGGGAAGGCUGUUGAUGGAUGAUUCCUCACAGCAUCCUUGUGCAUGAUGAGAGAGAGAGAGAGAGAGAUCAUUUUUGUCGGUGUAGGUGCGUGCAGGGGCUAGUUAGUAGGAAUCGACAGCCCACAGAAGCGCCGCUACUGCGAGACAUGUGCUGGC